AUGGCAUCACCCCUCUUCACGGUCCAGAAGUCAGAGGGUGUGAUAACAUGCACCCAGCCGCAGGAUGCCGUAUACUUACUGACCUUCAAUUUUCAGCCGGAUAACCGUUUAACAGAAGAUUUCUGUCAGGCUAUGCUCCUGGCUCUGGACAUCAUCCACUUCAAGUAUCCUCCCGGAGUCUUCAUUACCACCUCCGCCAUCCAGAAAUUCUACAGCAAUGGCUUAGAUCUUGAAAAAGCCGUUGCGACAAAGGGCUUCUUCGAAAACCAGCUUUUCGCCCUAUUCAAGCGGCUUUUAACUUACCCCCUUCCUACCGUUGCCUUAAUAAAUGGCCAUGCCUUUGCCGGGGGUUUCAUGACGGCCAUGUACCACGACUACCGCAUCUUUAACCCUUCGCGCGGCUUUCUAUGCCUAAACGAGAUCAACUUCGGCGCCGCCCUCAAGCCCGCCAUGUGCUCUAUCUUCCGAGAGAAAAUCGCAAACCCGCUCACAUUCCGAAGCAUAGUGCUUGAGGGACACCGGUUUGGCGGCAAGGAAGCGCUCGAGCACGGCAUCGUCGAUGGCCUCGGUGGUCUAGAUGAGGCGCUGGCGUUGAUUGAGAAGAGAAAAUUAACGACCAUGCCCGUUUCCGGGGUUUAUGGAUUAAUGAGGAGAGAGAUGUUUAAGGAGACUUAUGCGAUUCUGCAGAAUUGUGGGAAUGAUCAUGCGGAGGCGCAGAGGGAAGCGGAGAAGGAUUUGAGGGAGAAGGAGGGUGGAAUGAAGCGGGUAGAGGAGUGGGAGCGGAAAGGGUCGAAGCUGUGA